AUGGUGGGAUUUAUAAUUAAAAGAAUUAUGACAGAUAUCGUAAGACUAGCAAAAAUUCCUGUAAUCGCUAAAGGUGCUAAAAGACUGGUCUAUAAAGUUACUGUCGAUCAUUAUGCCGUAAGCUUUAUUUAGACAACUUAUUGUAUAACAUCUGCAUUCUUAGGUCUUUAUCUGUAUUAUGAAAAUAUUAAUGGAGAGUCAGCUGCUUUCAUGUGGAUCCUGCACUCACUGCUUCUUACUUGUAUACGGAUGUAUUCAGUAAAAACAGAAGAGUACCCGGAAUUGCAAAGAUUGAGACAAAUAGAAAAUACAAUUGAAAUUUUAACGAGGUAUAGAAAUGAGCAGAUCAGAAAUAAUCCAGAGCUUGCUGGAUGCCCAUCAUUUGAUGAGGUUUUUUCUCUUCCUCAUAUUCACAUGAAAGAGUCCGGAUACUGCUGCAUUUGUUUGGAUACAAUUGAUUUAAAAGAGACUAUAACAAAUAUUGGGUGCACUCACAAGUUUCAUUCAAAAUGCAUUGACGUGUGGAUCCUUAAUAAUCCAACUUGUCCUGUAUGCAAAAUAAGGGUUAACUUUGAAAAAAAAGCGAAGCCAAGUACUUAA